AUGAAUACUGCCUCAUCUUCAGAAAGUGGAUCUUACUCCACAAACCAUACAAGACCCUUUUUUUAUGCACAGCCAACAGCACAACAACCUUUUCCAAAUCCAUGGUACCUCAGUCAUGCAUACAGCCCCUACUGUGUACCUGCUCCAGGCUACCGAAGUGGAAACCCAUAUUUCCCCUUUUAUUCUGUUGCGCUCCACGAGUACCCUGGAUAUUUUGUUCCACAGCAUCCAGUGCAUGCAAGAGUUAACAGAAGGCCUUAUUUUAAUGGUCCCCCACCUUCCCCUGUGUUUUAUCAUGCAACGAGAUUUAGACACUAUAGUACCUCUGGGAAAAAGAUGGAGACAAAAGAAACACAGACUGAUCCUAGACAGCCUGAAAGCAAGCCAAAAAGGCACCAAGAUGUCCUAGGUACAGAAACGAAAGGCUGUGAUGCAGGAAAUAUGGCCUGUGCUUCUUCUGGGAUAGGUACAGAGACUGAAAGUGCUUCAACAAAUCAGGAUUCGUCUGGAUCUUCCAUUGUGGUAGACAGAGAGCUUCAUAACAAGAGCCUUUCCAGGUCUACCCAGUAUAGAAAUCUUCCUACUGGCAGCUAUGCCUUUGAGAAGGAAGAAGUGAGAAUAGAAUAUGGAAAUGGCUCUCCUGCUAUUCAGCUAUGGAAGUCCUUUAAAGAAACUAUCCCCUUGUAUGAUGUGGCAAGUGGCAAACCAGUCCCAGAGAACAUAGUGCAGCGUGACUUAUUUUCUGUUAGCUCAUGUGAAGGAAUGCUCUACGGCCCUCAUGAAGGGGAGAAAAUGGUGCCAGGAGCUUCCUUAGAUGAGAGAAAAACUGCUCUCCCCUCCAAACAGGCUGUUGAAGCCACACAAGGAAGUGAGGUCCAAACUCAUGGAGUGAAGCUGGAUGCAGAGAAGCAGAUGAUUACAAGUCAACAGGCAAAAACCCUCUCAGAUGACACCAUGGCAGUGCAAGUGACAGAGCUGGUGAGAUCUGCUAGCACAGAGCAGCCAGUAGUCAGGCAGGAUGUGGUAGCAGCUAAGAAACCUAGCUCAAAAAAAUCCACAGCUUCCAAAACUCCUCAAGAUGAGCCCAGCUUGGUUCAACCAGCAGGACUACUUCCACCCAGUAUGGAGGUAAUGGAUGACUUGAGCUGCCAGCAGAAAAAGCUGAAUCUAAGCCAUGGUGCAGCCAAUGACAGUCCAAGAGAUGGCAGCGUGUGGUGCGACGAAUCCAUGAGGUAUGUUCCCUCUGACAGCUGGCUGGCUUGUUUGGACAGUAUGGACACUAACUAUGACUAUGGCCUUUGUUUGCCACAAAGGAAACCUCCAAGUGUGCUCAGUCUGUCUUCUGAUGAUAUGUCUUCUAGAGAGGAAAGCUCAUCCAUUGAUAAUGCUCCAGUGUCUUAUUUUGCCCCUGACUAUGUGCUUCAGAAAAGCAUGUACACUUUCCAGAAAGGUACAGAGGGCUUGAAGAGAGAGAAGAUUACAAGUGGUGGGUCCCUUAAUGAAGAUGAAGUGGUAGGAAAGGAGCAGAUGAACAGCUUGAAUGACAAAGACUCCAAAAACUCUUCAACUGUGAAGACUAAGGAGGCUUCUAGUAAAGGCAGAAAGCUGGGAGACCUUCCUAGAUCUUCUAGUCAGAAAAAAACCCAUUCUCUCAAGAACAAAGCACCUAAGAGUUUGCCAGAAGUUGAGGACUCUGAAGAAUAUUCUGUGAGGGAAGAAGAGGAGGAGCAAGAUGAAGAGGAGGAGGAGGAAGAUGAUGAUGACAUGGAUGAAAUUGAGUAUUUCUUUCAAGAAGCCACUCCAUAUGGAAUCCUGACACCUAGUAAAGGUAGUUUCUACCCAGUUGGCCAGAGAGUGCUUUGGAAACCACCCAAAAAUGCUAUACCAGCUCAGUUUAUCGGCUGGCCUGUUCAAGAGAAAAUAAAUAGGAUUGGGCUUGGUGAAAACAUUGGUGUACUUUACAAACCAAAGGAGAAAGUACAAGAUGAAGUUGCAUACAGUGACUAUGGGUGUUAUGGAAGGAAGAGGCCCACUGCAAGGAGAGAAGGUCCUGAACACCAGCGGGCGCUAUGGAAGCUCUUGGGAGGGUGCCCACCUUUGGUUAAACUAAAGAAGAAAAGAAUAGGCAAACCACUUUCAAAAUGCAGAGACACAAGACAUGAAGUGGAGGAAGAAGUGUGGGAGAUGCCUAGAAGUGUACACAAAGUACAAGCUUCCAGGAAACUUGCAUAA